UCAAUAGUGAGAAAAAGGAUUAUUGUAUUUCAAUUUCGAACGCACCCUAUUUUGACUUUUCAUUCCUAAAAAAAUUAAAUCCAAAAAGUUGAAUUAUCAUUUCCAAAAGUACGAGAUUUAUUUUUAUAUUUUGUGUUAAACGAAAAAGUUUAAGAUGAGUGAAGGACAAGGUACGUUGGUGGAUAAAUCUGAGAGUUCGUCGUUCGAGGAUCUGGCCUCUGCGGCGGCGCAGGAAAUUGAGGAGGCGAAGCUCGCGGAGGCUGCGGCCGCUGAGAAGGAGAAGCCUGCUGAGGCAAAGACAGACGAGUGGCAGGACGUGCUCGGAUCUGGAACUCUGCUAAAAAAGAUAUUGAAAGCCGGAGAUGAGUCUGACGGAUUAAGGCCGCACAGAAGUGAUAUUUGCAGAAUCAGUUAUGAAGUCAAAAUUCGGGACACAGGAGACCUUGUGGAAAAGAGGGACCAGGUUAAGAUUUAUUUGGGAGACAAUGAAGUCCUCCAAGGCCUGGACUUAGCGUUGACGUUAAUGUACAAAGGCGAGGAGUGUCUCCUGCAAAUGUCGCCGCGGUUCGGGUAUGGCGACACGGGGCUUAAGCCAGGCGAGAGUCUCGGCUUGGUGGGCGAGGUGGACAGCCCCAAGUACAAAGGCCCCGCGAUAAGCCCCGACACCUGGCUCGAGGCGCGGCUCGAACUACACGACUGGGCGGAGGAGCCCGAGCACGAAACUUUGCCUAUAGCUGAGAGGAUGGAAACUGGCACCCGUCGCCGCGCCCGCGGUAACUGGUGGUACGGCCGCGGGGAGGCGCAGCUGGCAGUGCAGCUGUACCGCCGGGCGUUGGACGUGCUGGACGAGAGCGAGGGCGGCAUCACAGACCCCACCGCGAGCGGGGAGCUGGCGCCCACCUCGGGGGACCUGCAGGCCCUGCUGGAGGAGCGGCUACGUGUCCACAACAACAUGGCCGCCGCUCAACUCAAGGCUGGCGCUUAUGAAGCUGCUUUACAGGCAGUAACCCGUGUGCUGACGUGCCAGCCAAACAACGCUAAAGCCCUAUACCGCAAGUCCCGCAUCCUCACGGCCAUGGGGCGCAACUCGGAGGCCCUGGCCGCGGCCCGCGCCGCCGCCGCCGCCGCCCCGGACGACGCCGGCACCAAGAAGGAGCUGCAGAGGUGCGAACAGAAGGCCAACAGGGACCGCUCUGUGGAGAGGCGGCUGGCUAAACGGAUGCUCGGCACUACUGAUCAACCGAAAGGCGCGUCGUCGCCAGAUAAGAAGCCUUCGAGGACUAAGAUGUUGGUGUGGGGAUCGUUCCUCCUGAGCCUGCUGGUUGGAGUGGCCAGCGUGCUGGUGUACCGCUACAAGAUGCAGGCGCACUGACCCGCGCCGCACACGUAAGCGAGAUUCCAAAGGUGUGAUCGUGGAGAGGUGCAGCUACUUAUUCAUAUCUAUGACUGGCGAUAAUGUCGACAUUAUGUUUAUAGCGAGCCAAGCUUACUAGUCUACUUGAGAACAAUCUCCGAGUAGAGGAACCUCAUAUGUUCCACUUUACAAACAGUAUAACGCAGUUUAUAUUUUUAUAUUCUUUACAAUUUUACUUCCAACUCAUUUGGUCAUUCUACAUGUUGCAUUUUAUAUCUAAAAGCUCCAGCGCAGAGCCCAACACCUACAUCGGUAGACGUUCAACAUUUACGCACUUAUUAUAACUGUAGACAAUAUUUGUAAAAUAAAUAUUUUAUUGUAAAAAGGGGGAUAGGUAGGUUAUUUAGGAGUAAAUAGUACAUAUUAUUGUGAUUUAAAACAUUAUCAUAUUAGGUACUUUUCUUUAUAAAGCUACGAUUUGCAUUUAUAUAUCGGAAACAGAUUUCUCGUUUUGUUUUUAUUAGCUUCGUGUCGUGAUUUAUUUUUAUUAGCUUUUAGUGCCAAAAUUAUUGUAUUUGUCACAGAGAUCAAUAUUUAUGUAUUGGGAAAGUAUCAAACUAAUGUAUAUUUUUGGAUACUUUAUAAGUAAGUAUAAGAAAAUUUAAAAGCAGUUAUUUUACGACUUGCAUUCCAAAAUGUCUUUGUGGAAGUAUUUCCAUCCAUUGUUUUGUGUCGUUCGAUAAAUGGGAAAUAAAUAUUGAAUUAAUCAGGUGCUUAGUUUAAAAUUAAAUUUAGUUUGACUAUUUUUCUAGGUUUCUAUUUUAUAGUUUAUAUAAAAUAUAAAACUUAAGUUUUUUGUAGAUUUCACGUUUUGGCAAAUAACUUGAAAUGACACGGCAUACGUAAGGAAAAAAUAGAUUUAUUUACAUUAGGACAUGGUUUGGUGUAAGGGCUGCAGCCCUGUUAUAAAAAGGUGGUUCCAGUAUAAACUUAAUAAACAAAAUUGUUGAAAUCA